AUGAUCUUCAACCGAGCGGAAACACUGGUUAACUACUCCUUUGGGACACGUCAACAGAGGAAGAUCUUUCCUCACUACCAUCCCCCCAACUUUUUGGGAAACAAGUUCCUCCCCCUUAGGGGAGCACCCCACAGAGGGCCCGGGUGUUACACAGGAGAAAAUAGGUAUGACUGGGUAUACAACCUCUCUAAGAUCCCGACCAGCAGAAAAGGAUACACUUUGGGAGCCAGAACAGCCGUGAGGUUUAAGCCAAUCAACAAGGACAUGACACCUCACCCAGGCAUGUACCAGACAGUAAAUCUUCAGGAGCAAAACCCCAAACAAAAUUUUGCUCCGUUUAACGUCAUGUUGCCUCGAUUUGAGACAUACUUAAAGGACACAUAUUAUCCUGGCCCUGGCACGUAUCACACAGAGAUAAAGCCAUGCCCAAAAGUCACCUGGCCAAUGAAAUUUGGAUCUCCAGACUGGGCUCAGGUUCCAUGUCUACGGAAAAGAACCCUAAAAGCUGAGCUGCCCACUGACAAGGACUUCAGAAAGCACCGGAACCGUAUGGCCUACUUGAGCCUGUUUUACAACUGAGGAGCUGGG